GCAGCCGGACUCCCUCCUCGCGACCGCACUAGGCCCUUGGCAGCGAUUGAGAAGAGCGAAAGGCAUGUGCCCUCCCCGCGAGGAGCAUGCCAAUCCGAAAGGUGGUUCUCUCUGAUUGGCUGUCAUUGGUCAAUGAAAUUUCCCUCCGAUCUGUAAUAUAAACAUCACGCAGAGGGCGAGAGAGUUUUGUGGUUUCCGCGUUCUUCUCUGUCGCGCCGUAGGAGCUCUCCGCUGGUGGAAAAAAAAAAAAAGGUUCUCCCUGGAGGGGUCUUCCAUUAAUCCAUAAGUUACUUGAUGUAAAAAAGAGAGAAUUCUUUCAUAUUUCAUCUGACAGCUACACAAUGGCAGCAUCUGCAAAUAAGGGGAAUCCUAAAAAAGUUGGGUUUUUUGACUGGUUGAUUGAACAGAUCAACAGUGGAAUCUACACGGGUUUGGAGUGGACAGACAAGAAUCACACAGAGUUUUGUAUCCCUUGGAAACAUUAUUCAAAGAGGGAUCUUGUGGCAGAUGAUUAUAAGAUUUUCAGGGCAUGGGCUAUGUAUAGCAAAAAAUAUAAUAAAACAACUCCUAGUAAAUGGAAACUCAACUUCCGCUGUGCCAUGAACAGUACGAAGAGAUUUGAAGAACUGGUGUCAGAUAAACCUGACUUUCACAAAUACAGAAUCAUCCCCCUGAAACCAAAAACUGAAUCAACAGCUAACCUCUCUUCGAGUACAAAUAAUGGGAGUGACCAUGAAGCUCAAGCAUUGCAUUUCAGUCCAUACAGUGAAGAAUGUCCACCUCUGCACCAAUCUGCACAGUUGUGCCAGCAAAACCUUUCGUCUGGUUCACAGCUGGAAAUUGAUGCUGCUUUUCAAACUUUGACACUGGAAAAUGGAAUGCCAGGUUCUGCAGUGCCAAAUGAGAAUGCAGCAGGCAGUUUUUACCAGACCAGUGAUGAUAUGCUCCAGUGGAUUAUUCAGGAGUCCCAACUGAAUCUGACUGAAACGUUGCAGGUCUCACGGGCCCCAACAGUAACCACAGAUUCCAGUAAUCCUAUAGGGAAUGCUGUUUUAUAUGAGCAAAGAAGUUCCUCUGAAGCCCCUCAGGUCACCCAAAAUGACUGCUUACCUACAGGGAAUGGAGUAGUGGUUGAACCUGUGGCAAUUAACUAUUACCAAGAAGGACCCCAGUGGCUACCUGCAAACCCAACAAAUCAGAUUUCCCAGUCAACCGUUGCUUUUCCAGUGUCACAUGCUCAACAAAACUUCCCUGGUACUAAUCAAUUUAAUCAAGUGGAAGAAUCUGUCUGCGACACCAGUUGUUUUGUCACUAAUAUUUAUCUGAAUGAAGAGCCUCAAGAUAAUGGAAUAGCAAACCAGGAAGCUCCAAUGGAAGAGAGUGUAUUUGUAUCUUCAGCUACCUUCCCGACAGAUGAACCAGCCAUCAAUAACGUUCCUUCUCAGGACCCUCUAGAAACUGUCCCAUGUACCAUAGAGGUCUCUAUCUACUACCAUAACAAGCUGCAGGGCAAAGCAGAAGUAGACAACUGCAUGUUCACCUACAACCAGGAGAACUACCACCUACCACACAAUGCACAAGUCAUAAAGUUUCCAAAUCCAGAAGUGCUGACGGAUCAGAAGCGAGUUCAACAUACCUUGAUUGCAUUAAACACUGCAAGUUUAUUAUUAUCUCAGAAAAACGGGAGGAUCUGGGCCAAGCGACUUGGCACCUGUCAGGUCUUCCAUGCAUUCUCCAAGGAGCUGGACAAUCCGUCUCAGGACCCUCCACGUAAAUUACUGCCAAGGAAUGUUGAAACGGAAAUCUUCAACUAUGAGCAGUUCCUUCAAGAACUGACUGAGUUCCGUAAUGGUCAAAGAGGCUCGUCUCCUGAUUAUACCAUUUAUCUGUGUUUUGGACAGCGGUUUACCGCUGCCAGACCCAAGGAGUCCAAACUGAUCUUGGUCAAGCUGGUUCCAAAUUUUUGUAAAUAUUGGCAUGAAUUCCUGCAGAGGGAAGGCUUCUCGUCCCUGAACAGCGAAACUGUGAGCCUCCAAAUCUCCAACAGCCUCUUUGAUAUGGUAGAACAGCUUUCUACUAUACUCAUGCAGACUGACACGGCGCAUUGAGUGUUUUGUUUUAUAUGCCAGUUAGUAGGUUUUUGCAAAGGAUGAGGCUGGUUCCCUCUCAUUUGUUUCACGGGCAGAAGUACUGUAAUCUCUGGAUUGCAUCCCAGCCUUAUAUUAGGGCAGAUAAUCUCAUAAUUGGACUAUUAUUUAUUGAGAUAAUCACACCCUGGGGAUACAGAUACUCUGCCAUCUGAGAUGAAUUCUUUCCAAGAACUUAUUGGAAUGUACCUCUUGCUAUGUGGCUUUAUAAGAAGGAUUCUUCUCUGCCAGUAAUAAUUGGAUGUGGCACAAAGUUACGAAAUUCUUGCAAGAACGUAUUUUUAUGUGAUAAGAAUUUCCAGAUACUGCAGGGGUGAAUUUAGAUUCUGGAAUGCACUUUUAUCUCCUACUUUUUUGUAGGAAAAAACAUUAAAUGUACAUACUAACCUGAAAGUCAACUGAUUUACUUCCUUUCUCUGUGUUUCUCCAAACAAGACUAUUCCCAAAUGCUGUAGGAGAGGCUUAAAAGCAAGGUUUUGUAUUUUCAGUCCUAAAAAUAAAGAAACAAGCUUACAAAAGACUUAUGUUCCUAUGUAGGAAUUGAGUUUAUUGUCCACCCAGACGCUGCAGUUUUUAAAUAUUUGAAAAAAAUAUUUAAAAACUUCAUUCAAGGCAAACAUCUUGAUUAAUAAAUUGUUUUAAGUGUAUCAAGUUCCUUAGAAGUAGAAACAUUAGAAGCUGUUCUCUCUUGUAAUUCCAAGGGAGCUAAUUGAAAUAAUUAUUUAUCUCUGGCACUCAACUUUGUAUUAUAUUUUUCUAUAUUUUAACCUAUUUACAAAAAAAAGCUGUUCAAAAUCAGUAUUGAUUGGAGCAGCAUAUAAAUCUUAUAAGUAAAUAAAUAAACACUUUCAUAGAAAAAGGAGCUUAUGCAGCCCAAGGACAAGUGGCCAUUUUUCUUUGUCUUCCAAAGCUACAAUACAGGUAAUCCUCGACUUAUGACAGUAAUGGAGCCUGCCCAUUUUGGUCGUAAGGUGGGAGGACGUUAAUUGAAACUCGUUAAGUGAAAGAGCCCUCAUCAUCCCAAUGCAGACAUUAAAUGAAUGUAAGGGUGAAUGCAGGGGUCAUUAAAUGUGCAUGGGAUGCCUCAGGAAUGUCUGCCUUGGGCCUCCCAGGGCCUCUCCCACCCCCUGAGAUAUCUCUGUGCUCUGCUUCCUUUUCUUGGAGUCCCCACAGGCAUCUCCAGCCCUCACAACACCUUGCUUACCUUCCAGAGAUAUGCAGAAUUCAGUCUUGUGGGCCAUUUGGAGCAGCCAUUUGCAAACUGACCUCGGCAAAGCAGCAUUUCCCCCUCCUUCUGCCUUUCUGCAUGGCCUCUUUAACUCAAAACAGGAUAAUGAGCCACAGUUUGUGCUUUGCAGUUUCUAUAUUUCCUCAAGAAAAAGUUUUAAAAGUGGGGGGGAACCAGAGCCUGUUGCAAUGAUAGGGAGAACAGACAAUGAAGGUUUAAGUGUUAAAGGGGCGAUGCAGACGAGGUCAGUUUGCAAAUGGCUGCUCCACGUGGCCCAGUAAGAACGGCCCACAAUACUGAAUUCUGCAGAUCUCCGGAGGGGUAAGCAAAGCAUUGUGAGGGGUGAAAUGGGGGGCAAAGCAGGCCCAUGCCUUUGGGGACCCGCAGAGCAAGGAUGGGGGGAGGGAAGAGAUAGGUGGGCGUGCUGCAGCAUCUCUGCAAAGUUAUGAAGCCGUCCGGUCAUUCGUAUGUGCGAAUGAUCAGAUAACUUUUCUAAAAUUAUUGUCUUCAAAUCACGGUCGUACAUGGCUUUUAGGAGGUCUGUUGUAACUUCGAACAGUCGCUAAAUGAUGUGUUGUACCUCGAGGAUUACCUGUAAUUUUCAUAAGCCAUUUGGAAAUCCAGUAUUGAAGAAAUCUAUACAUGCUUUAAAGCAGUGGUUCUCAACCCGUAGGUCGGGACCCCGUUUGGGGUCGAACGACCAUUCACGGGGGUCGCCAAACAACGCAGUCCGCCAUUUUUUCCCCUUUUCCUUAGCUGUGCUACU